AUGGCAAGUGUUUUACACAAAAAAGCCGUUUAUUUGUUAACAUUUAUGCUUACAUCGGCAAUCGACAGUCCUUCACUAAUUCCCGUCGGCAAUGUAGAGAGACGAGGAGGUCUACUUCUGGUUGGCCCCGGUGCGGACGAGAUGAAGUCGGAAGCAGCGGAGUCCAAAGAUCCUAUUGAAGAAGAAUUAGAAGUUCCAAAUGAACUAGCUAAUAGAAUGUCCUUAUUCUAUGCUCAUGCUACACCUAUGCUGAAAGUAUUAAGUGAUGCUACUACACGUUUUGUUGCUGAAAAUAAAGAUUUACCAAUAGAAAAUACUACUGAGACAUUAGGUACAAUGGCCAAAGUGUGUCAAAGAAUGGUGGAAAAUCCGGAAUUUUAUUCAAGGUUUAAAAAUGAAGAAACAGUUCUCUUUGUUCUUCGGGUUAUGGUUGGUGUUAUUAUAUUAUAUGACCACGUUCAUCCGGUUGGAGCAUUUGCCAAAUCAUCUCAUAUUGAUGUAUGUAUUAAGUCUUGGUAAAAUAAUAAUUAUAGCAUUCUUUAUUCUAAUUUCAAUCAAAUGUAAAUUUUUAAUAAACUAUUUGUAUGUUAGAUUUAAAAAAUACUAAUGAAUAAAAUGUUACCUUUAUUUCCUGAACAAGAAUUUGUUUAAAGCUUGAUAUAUUUUUGAAAUUAGACUUGAAAUUAUUAAUUUAUUCCAAAACCAUGUCUUCUUCUAAUUAUUCUUUACUUCACAACUGGGUGCAUGGGUAGACACUUGCUUCUUUAACAUCACUCUUUAUUCAGGAAUAUCUUACACACCAAUAGCAGUAUACACUGUUAUUGGUGUGUAAGAUAUUCCUGUGUAAG